UAGUCACGUUAGUCAGUAAUGAGCUCAGUGCAGUUCCUUCAGUUAAUACUUUAACGUCGCCAGUAAAACAGCGAGUAAAUCCUUUUUCUGCAAUCUUUCGCUUUUUUAGUUUUAGUGAAACUGAGUAGUGUAAAUAAAUAUUUACACACGUCAACACUCGUCAAAUCAGACUGAUUUUCAAAUAAACGAAAAUCAAUUCAACAAGUGUUAAAGUGAAAUUAUCGACUAUCGAUAAAAUUAUCCAGCAGUUCACAACCUUAGUGACUGAACCUUAUGACCUGUCCUGUCAUAAUUAGCAGGUACUUUUUUUUAACUUUUUUUUGUUUCAUCAACAAGUGAAUAUCGCCAGUUGUCGAAAAACAAUUAUGCAACGUGUGCCUAACGUAGGAUUUUAUGAAAACGUCAUCGAGGAGCAUAACUAUACAAUGUUUACUAUGUAUCCUCCUGGGGGUAAUUCCAACGAUUCUUGGCAACUAACGAAGGAAGAAAAAAAUAUGCUCGUGUCUUUGGACGGCUUGCACAGUGGCGUACCUACUAGAACGACGCCCACACUUACUCCAACGACCCUUCGGAGUAUUGAGCAGACAUUUCUGGAGCUGACGAGCGAGUCUGCCUCGCACAGCAGAGAAGCUGGAUUCGUGCCACCGCUGGUGGAGCCGUCGCAGCCGACUCCCGCCCAAACUCACAACGGCGUCUUGAGCCACAAUAACCUCGAGAGUCACCAGACUCAGGCGCAGCCUCAGCAGCAGACCAGGCGAAACAUGGGAGGCAGGAGGCCCACCAGGACCAUCGGCAUGUCGCCCGAGGAAGAGGAGAGGCGACAGGUUCGCAGAGAGAGAAACAAAAUGGCAGCGGCCAGGUGCCGCAAGAGAAGGAUGGACCACACCAACUCCUUACUCGAGGAAACUGAGGGCUUGGAACAGAAAAAGCAGAGCUUGCAGGACGAGAUCAAUCAGUUGAAGCAGGCGAAGGACGAACUGGAAUUCAUCCUCGAGACUCAUCGGUCAGUCUGUCGGCUGAGGGCCUCUUCUCCCCUCGACGUCAAGCCAGUGAUAAAGGCCGACAUAGUUGAGAAUCCGUUCAUUCAGCCGGCGAAACGCGACCCCAUUUGUGCCCUCAGACCAAACAGACCCAACUCCCUGCCUGUCGGAUUCGACAACAACAAUCGUCCCAACACCCUGCCCAUUUUCGCCGAACCGAAGGAGCGACAGGACCAUUCUCUGCAGUUCAAAACAGUGGAGACUCCCUCCUUCAUGAAGACGACCUCGGAAGUUGCUGGCGUUCCCAUCACCACACCCUCCAGUGGAAUGCCCUUCAACUUCGACUCACUGAUGGACGGCGGCACUGGACUGACGCCCGUUUCCACUCCACUAAUUCCAUCCUGCUCCACUCAGCAAAGAAGCAACCUCUCAGCGGUCGACCUCAGUUCACCGGACGCAAAUCCACCGAAGCUCGUCAGCUUGUGACGCCAGGAUUUGGAAUACGGAUCCCAUGAGGAGGAUCUGAAAUAAACUCCUCAUAGCAAUGCAAACUUCAUUUCACCGUCGCGUCGAGUUGCCAUAAUUCAGUCCUACCCAAGUUCAUUUAGCAAUUUUCAUCUUAAUCGCACAGAUUUAGAAAUAUUUUUCCAACGUUUUUUUUCAAUUCCAAACUUUACAUGAGGUGGUACAAUUUCAACUACUAGUUAUUAUCUAUAUAAUACCCCAAAGUUUCCUUUCUGGCCCUUCAUUAAAUAUUAGCUACUGAUUCGGCCCCGAAUCGAAGCUAAACUAUUUUUUUAUUAUCUUAAUAGGGUGCCUUAAUAGUAAUGAAUAGUACAGUGGCCGAUACUUUUGUCAGUCUUUCCAAAUUGUGAAAAUAGAAAUAUCCAAAAUAUUACAGAAAUUGUUGAGGAAAAAAUUAAAUAUUCAAAUAUUACAGCAACUUUAAGUUACUAAACGCUGCACAGCAUUUUUAAAAAUUUCUGUUUAAAGGUAUGACGAAAUAUCUUGUUUUUAAAGUAUUUGUUAACAUCAGUCUGUAAUGAAAUGUUUCGGUCACUAAAUUUUUUACCCUAUUUAUGAAUAUUGUGUUAAACACAUUUUGUACAGCGAAAAAAUAAUCAUUCACAAUGGUUAUAUUUUUUCGAAUUUACUUGAAAUGAAAUAAAGAGUAAACUUUCCAGAUUUUGACAAUUGAGGAUAGUGAGAUAAUUGUAUAGCAAUUAGCACAAGUUAAAUUGACAGUAUCUUUUGUUGCAAAAUUAAUAUUUAAAUAUUAAUUAAAUUAUUAUCUUUAGUUAUUGAUAACAAUAAAAAAUACUUCUUAUUAAUUAUGUAUACAAGUUAUUUUUAGUCUAUUAAUUUUGUGAGAGAAUUCUACUUUUUUGGUCAAGAGUGUAUUGAAAAAUUCAUAAGAUUAAAUAAUAAAAUUUGGCACAUAUGUUGGAGUGAUAUUUUUCGUUGAAUACAAAUUGAUACAAAUUUUUACAUUCACAAAAUGCUUAUUGCAAAACAAAUGAAAUUAAAUUUUAAUAAAUAAGACUUAAUUUUGCAUAAUAAAAUUAGAAAAUUACCAAAAAUAGUCCUAUUUUCCAUUGAAUAUGAUAGCCUUAUUUUUUUUCAUUUCUAAAUCUGAAUAUGAUAUUGAAAUUAAAAAAAAAUUUUUGACUGAUCCAAUAUUAAAAAAAAACAUAUUUUUUUGAAAUUUGGAUAUUUCUCCAUUUUUUAAGUAUUUAAAUCGAUAUACAUUAAGACUUAAAAGUGUUAAAUUUAAUAGAAAUUCUUUAUUUUUUCACAAAUUUUUUGAAAAAUAAAUUUUAUGAAAAUACACCAACUUUUGUAAUUAUUAUUCGACUUUUUGAAUUUUGAUGUCCGAAUCUGAUUCGAGGAGUCAAAAAUUAAAAGGUUAAACAUUUCAAGAUAAAUUAAAAAAAAAGAUUUACUCAGAUUUUCUACGCGUUGUAAUUUUAUUCGUCAUAUGUAUUCUUGUGCAUUUUUUCUCUUUUUUGUGCUGUUGAAGUGAUUAUACAAAGUAAAGGGGGUUAAAUAAAGUAAAUUAUUUCCCAAGCUAUUUUAUUAAAAUAAUGAAAUAUUAGCAAACAAGAUAAUAGGCAAUUAAAAUUAUUCAAAAAAGAUUUUUAUAUAAUUGUACUCCUCAUGCAUGGCAUAUAUAGAAUAUAUAUAAAUAUAUAGAUAUAUAAUUUUAUAAAAAUGGCAGAACAAUUGUAAGUUUUCAAGAAAGAAUGUUUUAAUGAAUUUUGUCAAUCAGUGUCAAGAUAUUUCUAUGCAUAUUUCGAUGUACAUUCUCAAAUAGCAAUAGUUUUAUACUCUGAAGAUAAGGUAAAAGUAAAUAUAUACCUAUUAAAUUUCCGUAUAGAAAUUAAUAUUUUAAGGAGAAAUAAUACAGAGAGAAGAAAAAAAAUUUGUAUUUUUAAAUUUUCGAAUUACUUUUUGAACGGUAAUUGAAAUAAAUUGCAGACUUACCUUUCUCCGAUUGUUAUUGUCCAACUUUUCUCCAAGGAGAAUUGUAAUAUUGUCAUAAUCUUAAACUACUUAAUAAUAUUUAUCGAAAUUAAAAACUUUGACAGCCUGUUGUAGUUGGGUUGUAGCUUCUUUAAAAUUGGACGUAAAUUAAAAUUUAUUUACGUUGCAAUUGAAUUGUGGAUUUUGAAUUUAUACGCGAGUUUGAGGUUAUGUUGAUAAACUUUUUUAAUUUAUUGUGAAUUAUUUGAGGCAUGUGCCUAAAUUAGUAAAUUUGCCUAUUUAGCUGAAAAUCGUAUGGAGUUAAUGAUUUGUAACUGUAGUAUUUGUAUUUGUAUUUGAAAUUAAGAGUAAGAGUAAGAGUUAAGCUGGGUACAUAAUGAUAUUUCUACAGUGAAAUGAUUGAGCUGUAGGGAAGAAGCGAAGCAAGGUUCGCUUAAUCAAUCAACAAUAAUGUGAGAGGUGGUCGACACCAUUUAGUCCCAUUUACAGAGAACUCGUUGUCUGUAUGCAAGUGAUAAAGUGUAUUUAAUUCUCCUUUGAUUACAUGGAAGCUAGUUAUGUUAAGUAAGAAGCCAAUUUUUAUAUUAUUAAUUAUACACGAAACAAGUUAGACGUUAAGGAGACAAUUUAGCUCAAGAAGAAAGUUUUCACUACUUUGUAGAUUUAAGAGAUUUGAAAGAAGUCCUGAUUUUAAAAAUUGACGACUUUAGGACAAUAAGAGCCGGAUCAAUUAGAAGCGGGAUUGAACUUCUUCUUUUCUUUCUGCUAAGAGAUGUUCACCGCCGCUCAAGCCUCGAUCACAAAUAUAUAAUAUUAUGUAACUCUUCAAUCCCUCCAUACAUAGAAAUGUAAUAUAUUUUGUAAUGAUUUCAUCUUGGAGCAAUAUUAAUAUAUUUAUAAACGAGAAGAAGGUGCUGACGAUGAAAUUAAAUUAUCUCGAAUAGAAAAUGCUAGCGAUCUCUUUUCAAUUUAACAUUUUUUAAGUCUGCAUCUUCUUGGUCGCGACAUGAUUACUCGGCAAUUUUAUAUUAAGAAUUGUAAUACUGAAUUAUUCAACAUUUAUAUUGUUUAGUUCAAAAUAACAAUAAAUGGCCUUCAAAUUA